GACUCGAGUUAGUCCGAAUCGGGGGGUUUCGAAUAGACCGCGACUGACGUCUGCUCCGACAUUCCGGUCCAUCUUCUGUAUGUAAAUUAUUUUGAUUUUCGUGUAGAUAUUACUACGGAUCAUCUUGCGGACCUUUUAUUUUAGUUCCAAAAGAAAUUAAUUUACGACAAUGUUUGAGUGGGCAUAUGAUGGUGUAAAUAGUUCCAUACCACGCAAUGUUGGUCCAGAAUGCGCAAACUACCUAACAUUGAAGCGAAGAUUAAUAGAAACACUGUUUAUAUCUGUACUUGUCAUAAUCUGCAUUAUAUGGGGCCUGAAGCGAGUGACUCUGCCAAAAAACUUGGCCUAUGUCAGUCAGGAUCAUGUCGGCAGAAGAGUUCUAUUAAUCAUGAUGUCUUUGGUCUUGGGGAUGGAAAUUGGUUUUAAAUUCACUAGCAGAACUAUUAUAUAUCUGUUGAAUCCAUGUCAUAUCACAACGGCAAUACAGUUGUAUUUGCUGGCUGCAGCUCCUAGUCCUACAGUCACUGCUGUCUUCAGGAUACACUUGAAUUUAUUGAAUGGACCAGUGCUCGCAUACUUAUUUCCAGAGACAGAAUCUCGAAUUAUAUUUGCAGACAGAGCAAUGUAUUAUAUUCAGCAUGGUUUGAUGCUAGUAAUACCAUAUUAUUUAUUGAGGCUUGGAGGUGUAUAUAAUAUUGAACCUUUCUCCGAUAUGAGCUGGUCGGUUCUUAGUUUCAGCCUCAAUGUAGGAUAUCAUUUUUGGAUUCUUCAAAGUGUUGCCUUGCCUGUACAAGUGAAUCUUAGUCACAUGUUAUGCGCAGCUGUUUUGGAUCCAUUUGAAGGCCAAAAUUAUCGAAUAUGGGCGGUGACUCAUCAGUCAAUAUUAUGUCCUAUUGUGUGCAAGCUGUUUUGUUAUGGAUCCAACUUCUUCUUAACCAAGUUUCCACUAACUAGAGUUAAGCCAUCACUGGAAUGCACAAUUCCAAAGAAAAUCUGUACAUACGAGCAGAAUGAAAAAGUGCACGAAGACUCCAACACUUCAGGGAACGGCCAUACACAUUUUGAUUAGUUUGGUAGAGAGAGAUUCGUUACACCAAAUGUACGAAACACUUCCUUUCGAUUUGAACUAACGCGUUUAUAUAAUUGUAUCUAUUAUAACACCCUUCGAAAACAUCGUCUACAGGGCCAGUAAACAAAAAAAAAGACAUCGGGCGAUAGGAAAAAUUAACUUCUACAUAUAAUUAAUAUUUAAUUAAUACACUAACAAAAAUAAUAAGAGUAUUAACAUACAAACGAAAGAUACUUAACACAUUCCCAUUACGAAAAACAUUUUUCGUUGCUGUCAAGAUCAAGAAAGUCGCUCACACUAUACGUAUACACGAGAUAUCGAACUUGAUCUUAGUACAAUCGCUGUGAUUGUAUUAGUUUUAAUUCAUUAAUCCGUGAUACCGGUCGAUAAAUAGUCAAUUCGAGGUAUAAAUUUCUGUCCAAAUGCUUGUCAUGCCUAGCGCUGUGCAUAGAUUAAGAGUCUCAGUGAUAGUAUGAGGCUUAAGCUGACGUCCAGUAACAACAGUGGCUGAUUAGCCAACCCUAAAAAUAACUGCACUAUCUUCUACUAGGUAAAAACGCAAUAUAAACAGACCAUCUCGUGCAUUUUUAUAUUCAUUUUUACUCAUGCAAUAGGGAAACAAAGACAUUCAAAUAACGAAACUGCAAUGUAUUUUACACAGUUCGGAAGUCAACUACAUUGUUAGAACUUUGCCUAUAUAUCGAGUAUAACGAAUAGGAAGCGGAAGUCCGUUGGGUUUCACGGUGAGUAUUCUUGAGUCAGACAAUUCGAAAUGUAACGUAUGUCAAAACGAGCCAUAAUAUUGUCUGCUUAGAAUUUGUGAGAUCCUGCGACCUUCCACAGCCUAAUAGUAAAUAUAACAGAGAGUAUAAGAGAGCAUUUUGGCGAUGGAAAGCAUCUACUAAAUCUGAUUGAUAGUAAUGGAGGCUGUAAAGCUGACAUAACAUUUUAGUGACGCGUAAGAACCUUCAUUUUACCUCCUCC